AGUUGUGAGAUGGACGUCGGCCUCGCCUUUGAGAAUCCAGGCUCCACACUGGCACCAGACAGGGGACAUCAACAUGCCACUGGCCACAUCCCCGCUCUGCCCCCUUCCUUCAAGAGAUCUUCUCCUCUAGCUCCUUAGCUUGGAAUGCUGCAGCCAACAGAGCAGUCGUGUUCCUGAGGCUUGUCCAGUGGACCUGGCUGCUGUCCUCUGUAGUUAACCAGAGUGUGGCAGUGCCCUUUGGAACGUAGCCUUAAAAAUGAAUCCAGUUGUUUCACAGCCAGGAUAUGGGACAGCGGGUGUGAUGACUAGUGACUGGCAGUCUGGCGUGUUUGACUGCUGUGAUGACCUGGGGAUUUGCAUCUGUGGGACUUUCUUUCCCUUGUGCCUUUCCUGUCAGAUCGCCUCUGACAUGAACGAAUGCUGUCUGUGUGGAGCAAGUGUCGCCAUGAGGACCUUGUAUCGAACCCGAUAUGGCAUCCCGGGAUCUAUUUGCAAUGAUUUCCUGUGGCUGGGAUGUUUCCCUCAAUGCACCCUUUGCCAACUCAAGCGAGAUAUUGAGAAAAGAAAAGCAAUGAAUGCUUUCUAAAAAGUGCUUACAACUUGGUCAUUCACAAUGUGGUGAAAGAAAUCCUGGGAUGGUGCACUCAUCUGCUGUGCUGUCUCACCCAAAUUUUAGAAACUAAUUCAACUAAUCAUAUGGCUUCCAAUGGCUUCAAGACCUUUUUAAUUUCCAGUUUAUCCCAAAAGAAAUUUAUUCCCAGUGCUAUUCUCUAAAAUGACUGCUAUUAAAAAAUUAAUGUCCUCAA